AUGUUGAAAGCGCUUUGCGCAGUGGCUGCCCAUGUAGCAGUCGUAGCCGCCCUUGACUUCACCGGCGCACAGUGGAUAUGGAUCCCAGGACGCGCUGCCGAUGGUGUUACCUACCCUCCAGGCAAUGCCACUUUCCGUCGUGAUUACUACCCACCUGCUGGCAAAACCCCUCUCUCUGCCAACAUCCUCGUCACCGUCGACAACGUCUUCACCUUCUGGGUCAACGGCAACAAGAUCGGGACUGGCGAUGACUUCAGAAAUGCUCACCGUUAUUGUGUACCUCUGGUUGCGGACUGCAACGUAUUUGCUAUCGAAGGCCAGAAUGUCCCCACCGGCACAGCAUCCAACGCAGGCAACGCUGCUGGUGCCAUUGCUGCUAUUCAAGUUCGCUAUACUGAUGGAUACACCGAGACCAUCGUCACCGACAGCGAGUGGCACGCUAUCGCAGGUGCGCCUGCAGGCUUCGAACAAGUUGCAUACGACGACAGCAACUGGCCCGCUCCAUUUGUACAAGGACCACUGACGACCGGGCCUUGGAACAAACCUCCGAACGUGAUCAACAUCCCUCCCGAGGCACAAGAUCCUGGCCCGGAUCUCACUGCCGCUACAUGGAUCUGGACCAACGAAGUUAAGGGCGGGAAUGCGCCCAUCGGUGGGCGUGCAUUCCGCAAGGUGGUCACUCUCCCUCCCGGCGAAUUAGCAGACACUAUUACCAUGGACAUUGUCGCGGACAACGAGUACACACUUUACAUCAACGGCCGAGUUGCAGGUUCCGGUCGCAGCUUCCAGCAGGCUCAGCGUUACCAGGUCAAUUUUAUCCCAAGCAAUACCGUCACAAUCGCCGUAUACGCUAACAACGACGGUGGUCCGGCUUCUCUCCUCGCUUCAGGCCAGAUCAGGGGUUGCGCCUGUGGUUGUGGUAACACCGCCGUCGUGAACACAGAUUCCAGCUGGAAAUUCAGCACCGCAGUCCCUAGCCCUGCCGGAUUCAUCAAUCCUGGGUUCGACGACUCAAAAUGGGGCCAAGCCGUCGGUGAAGGCGCGUAUGGGGUCGCUCCUUGGGGCAAGGUUGCGCUUCCCACUGGAAACACUGCACAGAAUGGGCCUAUUACAGAUCUUGGGGCACCCAAUGCUCCUCCAGCCAGCGUUGUCUCCUGA